CUUUGUUUUGUGGUGGAUGGGUUUGGUUCUCACUUCUCAAAGAAGGGUUCAAUGCUUUGUCUAAAGCCUUGUUCUUUUGGUCUUUGAAACUGUUUGCUCUGUUUCCUCUGCGCCUGUUUCUGAAUCUUCAAGCUUAAAGCUUCAAUCUUUGUUGCAGGUUUUCAAACUUCAACGGUAUAAAAGAAGUGUUUAAAAUAAAUCUGGUUGAUGUGUACAUGUUGGGUUUGGAACUUGAAGCUUUAAAGGCGUAAGGAGGGUCUUGGUGGCAUGAAUCUUUAAUAAGGUUUUAAAAAGGAUAACAAAGAAACACAGUAAUCAGAAGCGAAAGAUAUAGAAAUAGUGGGAGAGUGUGGUGGAGUCAGAUUUGUGCUUGUGAGUGUCUCUGGUGUGUGAUUAUUGUUUAGUGUUGAGAGUCUGUUGGCUGUGUUCCCUGUGCUGACUUGGUGCACCCGGACUCCGUGGGCUUUGCCGCCGACCAAGGAAACACCCUCUUCUUUGGCUCUCUUGCCAUUCAAGAGAACCUUUUCUUAAAAAAUUGCACAAACCACAUCUUCUCUUUCCCAUUUCUUUCUCUCUCCAUCUCUUAGACUCAUUCAGUCCUUGUCAAGAUUCGGUCAUAGCCUGCCCUGCAUACAUAUAUAUAUUCUUCCCUCUGUAAUGUCUUCUUUCCUCUCUUGAAGCCCAGGAAGUUGGUUGCAUUCAGAUAUCAUAUCUGGUCCCCACUCCUGGUGUGUUCCUUUCCAUUUCCAGCAGUUUCUUGUUGGUCGAGAUGUGUUCUUAUUUGGGAUGCCUGGUGAUCUUGGUGUGAAGUAUUUGAUCAAGCAGUGACAGGUUUGAGUAGUGGGGAAGUUUAGUUUGGGAAGUACAGAAGGAAAACAAAAAGCAGAUCUUUUGCUUGCCAAGAUGAAGUUUAUGAAACUUGGAUCGAAGCCGGAUUCCUUUCAGACUGAUGGCAAUAAUGUUAGGUAUGUGGCAGCUGAUUUGGAAACGGAUAUCAUCUUUAAUGUUGGAGAUUCAAAGUUUCAUCUACACAAGUUUCCUCUUCUAUCGAAGAGUGCCCGCUUACAGAAGUUAGCAAACACCAAUGAGUCAAAACCUUUGGAAAUUCACAUUUCAGACAUUCCUGGUGGCCCUGCUGCGUUUGAGAUAUGUGCCAAGUUCUGUUAUGGCAUGACUGUCACCCUGAAUGCUUACAAUGUUGUUGUGUCUCGAUGUGCGGCUGAGUAUUUGGGAAUGCACGAGUCUAUUGAGAAAGGAAAUCUCAUAUACAAGAUUGAUGUUUUUCUUAACUCUAGCAUUUUCCGUAGUUGGAAGGAUUCGAUCAUUGUUCUCCAGACUACAAAGUCUCUUCUACCGGUAUCUGAGGACCUGAAGUUGGUUAGCCAAUGCAUUGAUUCGAUAGCUACCAAGGCAUGUGUUGAUGUUUCAAAAGUUGACUGGUCCUAUACCUAUAACAGGAAGAAACUUGCAGAGGAAAAUGGGAACGAUCCAAAUUGGAAUGGUGUCAGAAACCGUCAAGUUCCAAAGGAUUGGUGGGUGGAGGAAUUAUGUGAGCUUGAGAUUGAUUUAUUUAAGCGUGUUCUUAUGGGUAUUAAAACCAAAGCAGUACUUUCUGGUGAAGUGAUCGGGGAAGCCUUGAAAGCUUAUGCUUACAGAAGGUUACCAGGUUUCAGCAAAGGUAUGAUCCAGGGUGGAGAUAUGGCAAAGCAUCGAUCAACAGUGGAUGCAAUUGUCUGGCUGUUGCCUGCAGAGAAAGGCAGCGUCUCUUGUAGUUUCUUGCUCAAAUUGUUAAAAGCAGCUAUAUAUGUGAAUUCAGGAGAAACGACCAAGGAUGAGAUGGUAAAGAGAAUAGGACAGCAACUGGAGGAGGCUUCAGUGAAUGAUCUUUUGAUACGAGCAGCAGAAGGAGAAGCUACUAUAUAUGAUGUUAAUGCAGUUAAAAGAAUAGUAGAAGAGUUUCUAAGGAAAGAUCAGACUGCUGAGAUUCAAUCAUUAGAAGAAGGCCAUGAGAUUCAAGAGGAAAGAAGGCCAGGGAUCUUGUCAGAUGCUUCUAAGUUGAUGGUGGCAAAACUGAUAGAUGGGUAUCUUACUGAAAUUUCAAAGGAUGCCAACCUACCCUUGUCCAGGUUUGUUGAUCUUGCAGAAAUGGUGUCAGGUUUCUCUCGCCCUGGACAUGAUGGGCUUUACCGAGCCAUUGACAUGUUUCUCAAGGAGCACCCAGGGAUUAGUAAGAGUGAGAGAAAGAGGAUCUGCAAGCUGAUGGACUGCAAAAAGCUAUCAGUUGAAGCCUGCAUGCACGCUGUGCAAAAUGAGAGACUCCCAUUGCGCGUAGUUGUGCAGGUACUCUUUUUUGAGCAAGUCAGAGCUGCUGCUUCAUCAGGAACUAGCACUCCCGACUUACCUAAAGGCAUGAAAGAUUUAAACAGUGGUUCUCAUGGGAGCUCAAGGUCUGCAACAACUAACACAGAGGAGGAUUGGGAUGCAGUUGCAUCCGCUGAGGAGCUUAGGGCCCUGAAAGGAGAGCUAGCUUCCUUAAGAUUGGCCAGUAGUGAGAGGAAUGGAGAUGGUAAAAGCAAUGUUGACAAGGCCGCAGUUAGUAAAAUGAGAGGGUUGCUCAAUUCAAAGAAGGUCUUUGCCAAGCUAUUUUCAAGCAAAGGGGGACAAGGCGAGAAUAGUGGCUCAGAUUCAUCUGGGAGUCUUGGUUCUGCAAAUCCUGAAGAGGCUGCUAAAUCCACCCCUUCGAGAAAUCGGAGGCAUUCGGUUUCUUAGAACACAGAAAGUAGGUUUGAAAUUUUUUGGACCCUUCUCUCCUCAUAAUAUUAGUUGUCUAUUUACUUGAGCGAAAGUGAAGUACAUAUAGUUUGGGAGGGGCUUUUUGUUGCAUCUGCAGAAAAAUCCACAGGUUGUGAGAAAGUAGUUACCUAGAGAAUGUAACUGGUGAUCCAAUGUCUAGAGUUCCAGCUGUCAGACCCAACUGUGUUUUUGUUAAAUAUUCUCUAGCAAUGCCAUAUUAUCAGAUUAUUAAUCAGAACCAUGGAUUAGGUUCGAAC